AUGCCGCAGGAGAUACCUCUGCCUGAAGACCAACCAUCCGACCAGGCAACUAGUGCCGUGGAACACUCCCUUGACACUCUGGAGUUAAAGACCACGUACAAUCCCCUGACUGUGUCCUCUAACCUGUACCACUCACUCUCUGUUAAUAAGAGGGGCUCCCUCUCUAAAGGCCAUCGGGUUCUCCCCACUGGUCCUCAGCAACAGAUUACAGGGGCAUUCCCUUCUGGUCGGGACUCCCGCAGUCUGGGCCCAAGAAAGCAGUACAAUACCACUAAAACCUACUCUGGGAAGUGAUAUUAUAUAUAGCAAUACUUAUAAUCUGUGCAUAAAGCUGCAUACUGUUAGCUAUACGCAUUAGCCAUUUGCCACUAAAUCACAUAAUAU